AUCCAACAUUGCAGUUGCCAGCAUGACCAUGCCUGGCUCCACUACGGGCCCCACCCUGGGGUUUGAUGACUACACUCUCUACAGCAACCUGUCAGAUGACGAGCUGAUGCAGCUGGCUAUCGAACGCAGCCUUAGUGAUCCCCACAAUGCCACUUCACUGGGUGAAGCCGGCAAGACCUCCACAGCUCUAGGCAGAAGAACAGUCCAGUGCAGGGUAAAUCCACCCGCAACUAGGCCGAACCCAUCAAAUCCACCAAGGGAGGACCCAAGCCAUAGGCCGCCUACUGCCAACCCACCUGACGCGUAUGUGCCAGCUGAAAAGACCCAUCAUUGUUUUUUAUGAUCCACUUUGGGUUUUGGGCCCCCCUUUACAUGAAGUUUAGGCUACAGAUAGUUACAUGUAAUUCAAAUUUCUUGGCAUAAUACAUGUAGCACUAUAACUGUCCUUAUUACGUACCUUAUCUGUAGUUACAGUGUACAGCUAAGUAAUUAUCUGGUCAUUACUAAAUAGCUAUAAAGUCAAUACAUGGCAUAAAGGCAAAGUUUUUCCAGUCAAGGUAUGUUCAAGAAAAGCUUUCUCUGAUUAUUAUAUGGAUCUCGUCAGUAAUGUGUGUCUAUGGAUCACUAUACAGACAUCUCCUUCAAAGCAAAUGUAUGUUUCCAGAGUUAUACAACUCUGAGAGUGACGGUUUUCUCAAACAAAUGACUUGACUCGUGCAGUGUUUACUUACAGAUGUAGGAUCUUAAUUUGAUCACUCUUUUGUUGGUGAGAAUUCCUGCGUGGCAGGAAAUGCAAAUGAGCUUUGUGGUUUACAUACAUUCACUGAAAAUCCGCUCUAACACAUGGUUAUAUUAACAGUAUUGCACUUUUCAUGUAGCCUAAUUUUGGCCAGCUAAUAGCUUAACCACCGAUCAACAACAUUGUGGAUUAAAUGUUCAAAUCCUGUUGCUGCAGGAUUAUUUUGCUGCAACAACACCAGUCAAAUUAAGAUCCUUCAUCUGUAGCUAACUUGACUAAUAGUGACUCGAUAUUUUGUCACAAAAACUUGUAACGUGGUACCAAGGUUUAUAAAAAGCUAACUUUUUAGUGGCCUGCAACUGUACAUGUUGGAUAUUAACUAUGCACAUGCCUUAAACCUACCACUUAGAAAUGCUUUCGGAGGAACACUAGAGCAGAGAUAUGAACUAGGAUUGUGAUAGUGGACAAGUAUUUUAGAUGGGUGUACUGUAUUGAUUGAUACAGAGCUGUUCAUAGUACACAUGUUAGCAAUGAGAAUUGAUUAAGGAUUCAAACAUUUCACUUUGAAGAAACACACAAUAUACAAUUAGAUUAGGGUCCCACCAUGUUAGUUUAAUUUAUUUUAUGUACACAUUUGCAGCAGUCAGCUCUAUGACUUUCAACAGAAUAUAUCUCACUGUUCCUGUAGCAGGAGAAGGAAAUGUGAAGAAAGAAGGAAAUGUGAAGACAUUGUGGUGACUCAUUUUGUCACUGGCAAUGGAAAGUGCAUGCUGGCAUAUCACAGAGGCGAUGGCUCGAUUCAGUACGUGCCGGAGACAGAGGAGUAAGUGUGUCCUUUCACAGAGUGUAUUUAGCAACACAUAUUGCCUUCACACCAAGACAUAAACACUUUAGGAUAUGUAAUAAUGUUUGUAUAAUAUGUAAUGACAUUUGUUGUACUUUGUACAUAAUUUUUCCUCCUGAAAGGAUACAAACCUGCUGGGAAACCUGCUGGGAAUUCCACCACUUUUCAACCUCAAAUGCAUUAUCUCCAGCAACGUACCAGAGUUUACAUACAGUGUGUGAAAACGAUGCAUUUCUUUGUUCUGUAGUGUAAAAGAUAAGAACAAAGGUCCUACAAAUUGCAAUUUUAUAACUUUAAAAGUGAACAACAGUGCACAACAGUGAUUUUCAAAACCUGCAACAAGUUUCUAGCCAGGGGAGGGCAUUUUCCUGCUCACCACGUGACCGCGAGUCUUUGAAAAUCACUGUAUUUAAAAAUGUUUUUACUUUGAUGACAUCAUCAAAUUUCACUUUUUUAUUGUAUCUUUUUAACCACAGCGGCAUUUUCACAUAAUUUAUGUAGACACUGGUAUGGUGCUGGAGAUAAUAAAUAUGAGGUUGAAAAGUGGUGAAAUUCCCGAUUUAAGUAACCAAUGUCUUUCCAUCACCAUAAACCCUAACUAAGGAUGUGUGUAUUUAGUUUGAAUCAACUUUCUAAACUCAAAGUUAUCCCCCCAAAACAUUUUUUGGUUCGAGAAUGUUUUGGAUUGCCCCUUUAUAGGGAUAUUGCAAGAUUCUGGCAAUGAAGCUGUUUCUCUACUUAGCCAGAGUCAGAUGAACUUGUGGAUACCAUUUUUAUGUAUCUGUGCAUUGUGAAGGAUGUUAGAGGUAAUUUUCCGAGCCAUUGCUAACUAGCAUUAGCGCAAUGACUGGAAGUCUACAGGUACAGUAGCAUACGUUAGCUCUUUUGUAGUUUAUGUGGACUAGGGGAAAAGGGCAAGUGGAUGAUGAUGGGUAUGUUUGCCUAUUAGGGAACAGGACCCUAUUGUGAAAGCCAUCCUGAAUGGUGAUGUGACUACGGUACGAGCUAUGGCAAGAAACAGGGGGAAUAACAUACUGCAGCCUGACAAGUACGGAUGGAUCCCGUUGCACGAGGCUGCAUAUUAUGGCCAAGACCAGUGUGUCAGAAUUCUUCUUGGCGGUAAAUGCAAUUCAAUUCUUGUACAUUUAGUACAGUCAUUCUUUGGAUAAUUGUUGUUGUCCUUUUUAUAAAGACUGGUAUAUUUAUAUUUGACAGUCCCAUUUAAGAUGGUACUUACCUGUUAUUUACUGGGAAAGUGUGUGGUGGUAACAAUUCACAUUUUCUAGCCUCACAUCAAAGAGUUUAACAAUUGAUUACAAUAGCAGUCCAUACCAAAUGGUACACCCAUUUUACCAUGUAAUUACCAAGUAUUUUACCAUUUUACCAAGUAAAUGCCAGCUAAAUAGCAGACUGUAAAAUACAGUAUAAAAUAAAGUAUAGCCUAGUGUUCUUUCAACUUUUCAAGCUCAACCUGGUGUGAUUAACAAGUGCGACCUGAAAGGCCGGACCGCUCUCAUCUUGGCGGUGGAAAGGGAAAAGGUGGCCUGUGUAGAGGCACUACUGGAGAAGGGGGCUGACCCAGACCUUGCCAACAAGGACAGAGAGAGCCCCCUAUACAAAGGUAAAACAUUUGCCUUCAAGACCUAUUAAGACCUACAAUAUCUGCCAAUCCCUUUGUUAUUAUCCGUUUACUUUAAACAUAAUAAGUCAUAGGUUACUGAUAGUAAAAUGACUUGUUGGGUAGCAAGAUCAGCACACGGUGAGAAAAAUGUAGCUGAAAAACUUUCCCUUCAUGUAUUCGAAAGAAAACUGCUGGUAUAAGAAACAUGGUGGUGGAAGAUCCCUCCAGCCCAUGCCUGCACCGAUCGAAUGCUUUUACAGUGGCUUGCAAAAGUAUUCACCCCCCUUUGCUUUUUUCCUAUUUUGUUGCCUCCCAACCUGGAAUUAAAAUGGAUUUACACAUUUGAUUUACACAACAUGCCUACCACUUUGAAGAUGCAAAAUAUUUUUUAUUGUGAAACAAACAAGAAAUAAGACAAAAAACAGAACUUGAGCGUGCAUAACUAUUCACCCCCCCAAAGUCAAUACUUUGUAGAGCCACCUUUUGCAGCAAUUACAGCUGCAAAUAUCUUGGGGUAUGUCUCUAUAAGCUUUGCACAUCUAGCCACUGGGAUUUCUGAACAUUCUUCAAGGCAAAACUGCUCCAGCUCCUUCAAGUUGGAUGGGUUCCGCUUGUGUACAGCAAUCUUUAAGUCAUACCACAGAUUCUCAAUUGGAUUUAGGUCUGGCCUUUGACUAGGCCAUUCCAAGACAUUUAAAUGUUUCCCCUUAAACCACUCAAAUGUUGCUUUAGCAGUAUGCUUAGGGUCAUUGUCCUGCGUGGCGCAGUGGUCUAAGGCACUGCAUCGCAGUGCUAACUGUGCCACUAGAGAUCCUGGUUCGAAUCCAGGCUCUGUCGCCGCCGGCCGCGACCAGGAGACUCAUGGGCGGUGCACAAUUGGCCCAGCGUCGUCCAGGGUAGGGGAGGGAAUGGCCGGCAGGGAUGUAGCUCAGUUGAUAGAGCAUGGCGUUUGCAACGCCAGGGUUGUGGGUUCGAUUCCCAUGGGGGGCCAGUAUAAAAAAAAAAUGUGUUCACUAACUGUAAGUCGCUCUGGAUAAGAGCGUCUGCUAAAUGACUUAAAUGUAUAAAUGGAAGGUGAACCUCCGUCCCAGUCUCAAAUCUCUGGAAGACUGAAACAGUUUUUCCUCAAGAAUUUCCCUGUAUUUAGCGCCAUCCAUCAUUCCUUCAAUUCUGACCAGUUUCCCAGUCCCUGCCGAUGAAAAACAUCCCCACAGUUUUCCUUGAUGGCCAAAAAGCUCAAUUAUAGUCUCAUCUGACCAGAGUACCUUUUUCCAUAUGUUUGGGGAGUCUCCCACAUGCCUUUUGGCAAACACCAAACGUGUUUGCAUAAUUUUUUCUUUAAGCAAUGGCUUUUUUUCUGGCCACUCUUCCGUAAAUCCCAUCUCUGUGGAGUGUACAGCUUAAAGUGGUCCUAUGGACAGAUACUUCAAUCUCCGCUGUGGAGCUUUGCAGCUCUUUCAGGGUUAUCUUUGGUCUCUUUGUUGCCUCUGAUUAAUGCCCUCCUUGCCUGGGCCGUGAGUUUUGGUGGGUGGCCCUCUCUUGGCAGGUUUGUUGUGGUGCCAUAUUUUUUCCAUUUUUAAAUAAUGGAUUUAAUGGUGCUCCGUAGGAUGUUCAAAGUUUCGGAUAUUUUUUUAUAACCCGACCCUGAUCUGUAAUUCUCCACAACUUUGUCCCUGACCUGUUUGGAGAGCUCCUUGGUCUUCAUGGUGCCGCUUAUUUGGUGGUGUCCCUUGCUUAGUGGUGUUGCAGACUCUGGGGCCUUUCAGAACAGGUGUAUAUAUACUGAGAUCAUGUGACAGAUCAUGUGACACUUAGAUUGCACACAGGUGGACUUUAUUUAACUAAUUAUGUGACUUCUGAAGGUAAUUGGUUGCACCAGAUCUUAUUUAGGGGCUUCAUAGCAAAGGGGGUGAAUACAUAUGCACACACCAGUUUCCCGUUAUUUAUUUUUUUGAAUUUUUUGAAACAAGUCAUUUUUUUCAUUUCACUUCACCAAUUUGGACUAUUUUGGGUAUGUCCAUUACAUGAAAUCCAAAUAAAAAUCCAUUUAAAUUACAGGUUGUAAUGCAACAAAAUAGGAAAAACACCAAGGGGAUUAAUACUUUUGCAAGGCACUGUACAUUUGUGGGGAGCACUAGUAAACAAGGGCACACUUCAGGAGAAAGGAGAGGUUAUUGGGAGACAGGGAUGGCUUGUUAUGAGAAAUACAGCUACACCCAAAAUCUGCCAUUACAGAUUGUCUCUCCCAGUAUCCUCUCAAGCUGUCUUGAGUACCCCGGGAAUACCCCCAAACCGUUGUUUAGGAAACUGUAUUCCAUGACUAAGACUUUGAAAUUCUUCCAUUUAACUGCUGUCUGUCAAUCUUUGACCCUAUUCCACAGCUUGUGAAAUGGACAAUGCCGAGAUUGUGGCCAUGCUUCUUAAUCAUGGUGCUGUGGUGAACAAAUACUCCAUCCAUGGCUGGACAGCUCUCCUAGAGGCUGUGAGCCGCAACAAUGUGGAGAUCUGUGAGAUGUUGGUCCAGAACGGGGCUAAUCUCAGCCCAACCAACAUGUACGGUUUCACACCCCUGUCUACUGCAGCCCAGAGCGGACAUGUGGAAACACUUUGAUUUCUUAUUAAACACGGUAUGGGUAUGACUUUCCCCUGGAAAAGCGGGUGAAUUCUGUAGGCCAAAUGGCAUUACACCGAAUUGAGACUGUCCCCAAACCACAUAGAGCUGUUGUGGAGCUCUAACCAUCGAUUUUGUGUUGACUUUUCUAACUGUACAUUGCACUGAAUAUGUUCUAGGUGCUGAUAUCAACAGAGAGGCAAGCGAUGGGUCCACAGCUCUGUAUGAGGCGGCAAAGAAUGGCCAUGAGGACAUUGUGGAGAUUCUUCUUUCUCAGAAAGCUGAUGCCAACAAAACGGGCAAGAAAGGACUUCUGCCACUACAUAUCGCUGCCCAACAAGGAAAUGAUGGGUAGGUGCAAU